AUGGCAUCCAACAAUAGCUCGAUUCGAGGCUUUGGAGCCGCGAGGAAGGUCUUCGCUCGACCUGCGAAUCUGCAUCUUGAUUGGGCUGCUAGCAAUGGUGCCUGUUCCUCCUUCGACUACUUUUCUCCGGUCUUUUCAACUAGCUCUCUGCAAAAUCCGACCCACCCUAUGGCAUCAUUCCAUCUUAGCGCGAGAGCCAUGUCCCAUCCUUACAGUUCCUUCGUUCCUCAAAGUGAGGACGACUGUGACAUCGAUGCUUCGUUCAGACCGACUUCUUCCCUUCCGGAUCUGCAUUUAUCAUCUAAACGACACACGUUAUGUCCACCAAAUCUGAUGCUGAAGGCUGGCACUUUGUCAUGGAGAAGAUCCGUACAAGCUGUAGGUAGGAGGGGAGCGCUUACCGGAUUCGAGAAAGCCUUUAGGAGGAGACCGGCAGGGCGAGACCUGGUAACGGACAGAGAACAGGAGGUGUUGGUCGCAUUGGAGCGAAACGAUCCUGUUCCAACCGAACCGGGGCUCAUGUCAUGGAACUUCGACAGUUCCACCAGUCAACAAUUUGCCUCAAAGAAGUCCUUUAUAGCCAGCCCGGGUGCCAAAGAUCCGUCUGUGUUCGACAACAAAAGUCUUCUGUCCUUCCGGUCCCGAGCGGCGCCUUCUUUUUUGUCCGAUCAAAGCCGAUGGGUUCCACCUCAAAGCUGGGACGUGUUCGACACCUUCCUCAAAAGCAAUGAUUCGCAGUUGAGAUCGCCAGCGUCUUCGGCCUCCGACCCUCUGCAGACACCAAGAACUUCCCAGCCUUGCAGCGUGGCAGAACCAGGGAUUUAUCUCAAUCUCUAUCGUCAGGAUCUUGCCAGAGCUCAGUCGACCCUGCACGGCAGCUUGCUGAUGCGGAUUCGCAUUACUCGAUCUAGCACUGUCGAAAUGCAGUCGUGUCCACUAGAGAUGGAAAGCCUCGACAAUUCGAUGCAGCUCCGCCGCAAGCAACUCGUUAUUACUGGUGAGGAGGUUGGUCUCUCUGCAGCUUUAACGUUGCCACAGCAAGAAAGCAAGUUCUCAAAUCGGGGACCAGCCAACGCAGUUUGCAUACUAAGCUCUGCCAACAUGGCAGACCUGAACGAGUGGCUCGAUAUUAUUGACGCCGCCAUCGAUCACCACAGACACGUGUACACGGAAGAGCGCGAUACAAGACGCUCAAGCAGAUGUCUGAGCAAGCACCAGUCCGAUAUGAAACGCUCUAUGAGUGCGUCAAUUCUAGAAAUGCCCCCCCUUCUCGUGCAGCGCGGUGGUCACAGAAAGGAAACUGGGUCUGACGAGGGAAAGAGUCCACAAACUACCCCGACAGUGGUCUCUCGCUCUCUUUCCUCGCCCAACCUCCCUUGCAUGUUGGCUGAAGACGCCAAUGGAUACAAUCACGGACCUCUCUCUGACCUUUCGAUGUCAGCUUUCAUCGACUGCUACACGUCCAUGCCUGAUUGGGAUGCUACCGACUCAGAGAGCUCACCUCCCACAGCAUCAGAUGCACUCUACAGCUUUGAGGAUGCUUACGCGAGUAUCAUACGACGUUUCGAUGACGGUGGGCUUCAGAAUCCUCUGACCGAAGUCCCGACGGCUCCUUUCGAUGAAUUUGCUAGAUCCGCUCGACUAGGUCCCCCCGACGUGCCCGUGUCGCCAAGCAGCUCCGAAGCUGACCAGGAUGUCGGGAACACAGAUGUAAGAACUCCGAGCAGCCCGUUGGAUCCAUGGCUUUCGUACCAAGCUGCGCGUUCAGUUAGUAGCUUUUCGAGCAGCUCUUUCGCGGAUGACACCGUGAUGCAGAUCUUUGCUGAAGGCUUUCAACGUCGUGCCUCGUCUUGCACUGGAUCUUGA